AUGCAACACCAGCUGCGCGAGCAACAGAUCGCUUCUUUGCGACAGCGUGUUCCGCGCGUGGUGCAGAUUUCCCCUGAUGCUAGCCAAUGGGUGAUCAAACUCGUGGACUCGCGGCUGCAGCCGCUGACGCAAGUUUUCAUUGCAAUACCGCCACCGUUUCCAUCUGCCGCACCGGAUGUUAGAGUAUCUUAUUCAAGUAGGAAAACUGAUAUGUGUACAUCGAUAGGCUGAGGCUGUCCUGUAUGCUUGUCCUUUUUUGCAAUUAUUCAUAUAAUUAUUCAUAUCAAGAUUGUUCUCCCUCGGUAACGGUAUCAAUGUGAAUGACAACAGAGAAGGUUAUUUUCAUUCUCUCAGGUUUCGCCGUGGGUAGACCAUCCUUGGAUCGAUCGCGAGGGCGCCAUAUUGGGCCACCCCCACCUAGGGCGGAACUGGCACCCGAAUCUGGACCUGGGGCAAGUCGUGAGUGACAUUCUUCAAGAAUUUACGAUUCGGCCCCCGCGCCCGCUGCCGGUGGACCAGCAACAAGACCACAGCAUAAGCAGUCGAUCUUACCCCACAAACCUCACCACGAGGUCCCCGAGAGCUUCAGGGGGCGGGUUUGCGGGCGUGGCAUCAUCGUCGCUGCCGGCUUCCAGUGGUACACCUACUGCUCGAGGAGGUGCGCCGCAGGGCUCAGAGCAGGAGAGGAUCCUGCAGUACACGCGGCAGUUUCAGAGCGUAGAACAAAACAGUGGCGUCGCGCAAAGCAGCAGCGUUGCCGCCCCAGGUGGACCUGCUCGGAGCUCACAACAGCUAGGAGUCCCAGCUCCUCUCCCCGCCCCACAGGUGGUGUCCUUCUCUUCAUCCGCGUCGCCUUCUUCGGGGCGCUCGGGCGGAGCGGCUCCGCCCGGGUCGACGAAAAUGGACGGGACACCAGCGAAUUCUCGACCGCCCGGAGCAGGAGGCGACCCGCCGAUAACGAUACCACAGCGCUUUGCGGAGGUCGAAGAGGCGCUGUCCGUCGAGCAGCUCGCCUACCUCGCGGAGGAGGCGGACAGAGAGAAUUUCAACGAAUUUCUGUACGAACUCGACUGCGUGCGAGACAAAAAAACCAUGCUGGUCGAGCUCAUGGAAAGCAACGCUAUUGCCGCUCGCAAAAACCUCGAGAUCAGACCCCGGAUGGAAGCCCUCACCCAAAAAGUUGCUGAGAGGUAGAAGUACGAACCAAACAUAGUUCUUUGCUGCCCGGAGCUGGUUAUGGUUUGUAGGCCUUGUUUUUUUUUUCAUGCUUUCGCGAGCUGCAGGCGCCGCCACCUCCGCUAGUUUUAGUACCGAGACGAUAUGAACUGUUGCGCAAAGAUGAAAAUAAAGUUCAGCAAACACUAAGAUGAUGCGCAGCUUUUUUUACGUAACGUCGAUCAGAAGUGAUAGAUUGCUUCUUUACCUGUACCAGGUAUGUGGUGCUACAAGCCGCUCGGGAGGAGGUCCUGACUUUGGAAAAGCAGCGGCAAGAGCUAACGAAGCGUUUCCACCCGCGGGUGAUGCACGCCCGAAUGCUGGACCUCGUUCACGCCGCGUCGGAGGACGCAGAGCGCCUGAGUGGGGAAACGAGCAAAGCUGGGAGGACGCGGUACUUCGAGGCCAGAAAGCGACAGCACCGGCUGGGUGCUAAAGCUGAUCGCCUGCGAGAAUUGGCUGAGCAGGGUUCAUAGCGGGCACGGCAAUCAGGCGUCUGGGCGUUGCGGAAAGCUGCGUGUCUGAAACUCGUAGAGCUCUACUUACCCGGGGCGCAGGUUUGGUUCCCGGAAGCGGCUAGUAUUAUCGCCAUAUUUUGUGCAAGAGCAAGUAAUCUUUAUGGCGCUGCGGCUGCAAGAAUGUUUUGCUUUUGUGCCGCAUCUGUGCCUGCUGUCGGGAUUUUGAAAUAUCUUUUGACCGCUAAUAAAUGCAACUACUACAGCGCUUGCGCUUGCGUUUUCGAAUGAAAAUGAAUGUCCGGCCUUAAGUGAUUCAAUUCAUUGAGUUUCUCAAUGACUCAGGGUAGUUUGAAAUUCGGAUCGGAAUAGCAGUUCAUGGUGAGCGCGAACGCGAUGGCGUCACGGAAGUCUGCUUGACUCUCACCCACGAAUUUUGAACACGAAGUCGACGCCGAAACCUUAGCACACCCCCUUCAAGUGCAGGAUAAAUAUUGAUGAAGAGACCUCGAUCUUCGUUUUUCGUUUCUUUGUUCCUCGACAAGGCGACCGCUCCUGGACACACGGAGCUUCGUGGUCCUGUUUGAGAUGCUAGAGAAUGCGUGCGCACUAGUCUUUCCACAA